AUACAUAGGACAGAGGAUGUCAACGACCGUGGAUGUUCCAGAAUCCAGCAAUGUUGCUAAAGGAAAAGCAGUUGCAGUUGCAAGGGCAGGAGGGUGGAAGAAAGGGUUAGCCAUAAUGGACUUCAUUCUAAGGUUGGGUGGCAUAGCAUCUUCUCUUGCUGCUGCAGCAACUAUGGGAACAAGUGAUCAAACGCUCCCUUUCUUCACUCAGUUCUUUCAGUUUGAAGCUAGUUACGAUAGCUUCACUACUUUUCAGUUUUUUGUGAUUACAAUGUCACUCGUGGCUGGGUAUCUUGUCCUGUCACUACCCUUCUCAGUCGUAGCCAUCAUACGCCCUCAUGCAGCUGGACCAAGGCUUUUCCUCAUCAUCCUAGACACAGUGUUUCUGACUUUGGCCACAGCUAGUGGUGCUUCGGCAGCUGCUAUCGUUUACUUGGCACACAACGGCAAUCAAGACUCCAACUGGCUUGCCAUCUGCAACCAGUUUGGAGACUUUUGUGCCCAAACCAGUGGAGCUGUGGUUGCGUCCUUCGUCGCUGUGCUUAUCCUUGUGCUUCUCGUUAUUAUGUCUGCUUUGCUCCUCAAAAGACACUACCAUAGUUAAUUAAGAUUAUCACUGUAAUGUUUGGUUUAUUAUUCCUCAACUAUUCUUCUUUUUUUGUUCACUUUAAUUUCCUUUUAAGAUGUGUUCCUGAUUAUUUCCAAUGAUUUUCUAAUGUCAGAAGUUUGACCUAUCCCAUGUUCAA